AUGCUUGCGUUCCAACCCUGGGGGCAGAAAUCGAAAGAAAUUUAUAGGUUAUGUUUCCUUGUCAAAAUAAAGUUUUUCAUUAAAAAAUAUAUAAAUGUGUAUAAAAAAUUAAUAUAUUUAAAAAAAAUUAACAAUGGACGACUCAGGGAAAAUUGUCAAAACAAUAAUUCACGCUGGAACAAAAGCAGUUCCAUUUGUUCCCGGAACAAAAGUUGUUUUUCAUUUUAAAACAACAAAAUGCAAUAAUGAGAAAACAGUUAUUGAUGAUAGCAAAUCAAUGGGUAAUGCAAUGGAAUUAGUUUUAGGAAAGAAAUUUAAACUCGAAGUGUGGGAAGUGAUUGUACAAAAAAUGGCUCUCAAUGAAGUUGCUUCCUUUCGUGUUCACAGUAGUCUAGUCACAUCAUAUCCAUUUGUAUCGAAAACAUUACGAGAAGUUGGCAAACCCGGAAAACGUAAUCAUCAUUGUUGUGGUGUGACAUUACAAAAUGAAGGAAUUGGUUAUGAUGAUUUAAAUGAGCUCAUAAAAAAUCCCCAGGAUCUCGAAUUUAUAAUUGAAUUAACAUCCGUCAUACCGCCCAGUGAUUAUGAAAAAGAAUCGUGGCAAUUAACAGAAACGGAAAAACUAAAAUCGAUUCCCGAUUUAAAGGAGAAAGGAAAUUGUUUUUUUAAAGAAAAAAAUUAUGAGACUGCUGCUGAUACUUAUGCAAAAGCUAUUUCAUAUUUGGAACAAUUAAUGCUCGCGGAAAAGCCGAAUGACAAGGAAUGGAUAGAAUUGAACGAUAUGAAACUUCCGUUACUAUUAAAUUUUGCCCAAUGCAAAUUAUUUUUAAAAGAAUACUACUCUGUAAUUGAACAUUGCACAACCGUUUUAAAAUACGAUCCAAAAAAUGUAAAAGCAUUUUACAGAAGAGGAAAGGCACACAUUGCAAUAUGGAACGAGAAAGAAGCAAUGGAAGAUUUAAAUCGAGCAGUAGAAUUAGAUCCAUUGUUACGAAAUACAGUCGAAAAAGAAUUACAAUUAUUUUCCGAUGCCAUUAAAGAAAAAGAAAAAGUUGAGAUGAAAAAACUUUCUCAAAUGUUUUGUAAAUAAUAAUAAUAUAUGUUAAGUUUAUAUUUUUUUUCGUUUUCAAUAAAUUUGACAUAAUUGUAUUUGAAAUAUUAAAAUAAAUUCUAUUUCAUAAUU